AACAUGCAUUACAAAGAUGGUCAUUCAUUACAAAGUAGAAGCCAAGUACAUCACACUAAGUAUAUCAACAUGGUAGCAUUCAAGUCCCUAAUAAAACCUGACUCCUAGAUCUUUCAAAGUACAAUUGUUUAAUGAGAAGUAGCAUUCUUUCCUUGUUGAAUCCCUUGAUUGUUAGAGCACAUGAAGUGUGAUGCGCUUGAACUUUUGAUCUUCAAAGCUAGUCUUGGUUCUUGUCCUUCUAAGCUUGCCCCUUGGACUUGGCAAUUGUCCACAAUGGAGAAAAUGCUUGCAGUUGAAGAUCUCCUAAAUCCUUUGUUGGUCAAAGCUCUCUCCAUGGAUGAAUAUUUCAAAGGUGUCUUGACUGAUGAAGAAUCACGCUUGACCAUGUAUGAAUCCAUAUCUCAAUUGUUGAAGGUAGAGAGUCAAACAAGAUUAUGGGAGUGCAAGAAAAGAAAUAAACAUGGAUGCCAAACAAUAGAUAAAGGAUGAAGGAACAUGAAUAUGCUCUAAAGUGAUAAUGUGUGUGGAGUUGUAUCCUAAAGCAUGCAUUUUUGGGAAUGCAUGAAAAGAAAUAACCAUGGAUGGGAAAUGAGUGAUAAAGGAUGCAAAAAUAUAAAUAUGCUGACAAGUG